AUGGCUGGGCUGGACGAUGGCCGUGUAGAAGAUGCAGGAACACAAAUAGAAUUGAGUAGUGGUUAUGAAGAGGACACACCUUUCAGCAGUGAACCAGCAGGUCAGAAGCGUUCUGCUUCUUUAGGAAGAACUGGAAAGAUGAAAGUCGUGUGGACAGCUGAAAGGACAGUGGAUAGAAUGGCAGGUUUUGCAGCAAUCGUUGCAUAUGGAUUAUAUAAAUUGAAGAGCAGGGGCAAUACUAAAGUGUCUAUUCACCCGAUCCACAUGCACGUGGCAGCCCAAGGCUUUGUUGUGGGAACAAUGACUCUGGGUGUGGGCUAUUCCAUGUAUCGAGAAUUCUGGGCAAAACCUAAACCUUAGAAGAGGAGAUGCUGUCUUGGUCUCGGUGGCGCUUGCUUUAGUUAGACAUCUCAUAUUGAGGUUAUAUGUUUAUGUUGAAAAUACAUU